CAGAGACCGACCGCUCUUAAAUACAGGACAGGGCUUCUUGUCAAGAAUGCCAACCAGAAGCUCAGAAACACAUACACAUAACAGAGAAGAGAGAAGAAAAAACUCUCCUCUCAAGUGCUUUCAGGCUAGGAGAGAGAGAGAAAGAGGCUCGCUUCAAUCUUCAUUCCUGAUCACAACUGGCUGAGUGCUGGUGGACGAAUGCCUGUCCCAGCAACCAAACAUGAACAGCAGAUUACCCCCCACAGGGCCCCUCACUCAAAGCCACCAUUCACUCUCGGUGAAAUCAAGAAAGCCAUCCCACCCCACUGCUUUGAACGUUCUCUCCUCCGCUCAUUCUCCUACAUUGUUUAUGACUUCUCUCUCGUCUUUCUUUUCUACUACGUCACCACCUCUUACAUCCACCUCCUUCCACAGCACUUCCGUUAUCUUGUGUGGCCCAUCUACUGGGCACUUCAAGGUUGUGUCCUCACUGGUGUGUGGGUCAUUGCUCAUGAAUGUGGUCACCAUGCAUUCAGUGAUUACCAAUGGGUCGAUGACACGGUUGGUCUCAUCCUUCACUCCACCCUUUUAGUUCCCUACUUCUCAUGGAAAUACAGUCACCGCCGUCACCACUCCAACACCAGUUCCCUUGAGCAUGAUGAAGUUUUUGUCCCGAAACCCAAAUGCAAACUCGCAUGGUAUUCCAAAUACUUGAACAACCCAGUGGGUCGUGUUGUCACGCUUGUGAUCACACUCACUCUUGGCUGGCCCUUGUACUUGGCCUUCAAUGUAUCAGGGAGACCUUAUGAUCGUUUUGCAUGUCACUACGACCCAUAUGGCCCGAUCUACAACAACCGGGAAAGGCUCCAGAUUUACAUCUCUGAUGUUGGUAUCAUCACUAUAGUUUAUGUUCUCUGUCGCCUUGCUUUCGCAAAGGGGCUGGCUUGGCUUGUUUGUGUUUAUGGGGUUCCGUUACUGAUUGUGAACGGGUUCCUUGUCUUGAUCACAUUCCUGCAGCACACUCAUCCUGCUCUGCCUCAUUAUGACUCAUCGGAAUGGGACUGGCUGAGGGGAGCUCUGUCAACCAUGGAUAGGGAUUAUGGAGUGCUGAACAAGGUGUUCCAUAAUAUCACAGAUACUCAUGUUGCUCACCACCUCUUCUCUACAAUGCCACAUUACCAUGCAAUGGAGGCCACAAAGGCGAUUAAGCCUAUUCUCGGUGAGUAUUACCAGUUUGAUGGUACUGCAUUUUACAAGGCGAUGUGGAGGGAGGCAAGAGAGUGUCUCUACGUGGAAUCAGAUGACGAUACCACCACCAAAGGUGUAUUUUGGUAUAAAAACAAGUAUUGAUUCUGAUGCAAUGAGGAUGAUGAGGUGUGUGUAGUUAGUAGUUAUGCUGCUAUGUUAGGUAGGGAGUCUUAGUAUGUAUGUGUCUUUAUCAUCCAGUUAAACUGCAACCUCUUUUGGCUUUGGUAUGUAAUGAACAGAGUCUUAAUAGUGUAUGAUUGUGACUACGUAUGCGUUUGGACGUUUGAGGAAAUCUCUGUUUCCUUUCUCUCACGUUAGCUAGGGAGUUAGUAUGUAUGUGUCUUUAUCUUCCAGUUAAACUGCAACCUCUUUUGGCUUUGGUAUGUAAUGAACAUGUAGUCUUAAUAGUGUAUGACUGUGAUGCCUUUGGACGUUUGAGGAA